GUGCCCCGGCCAUCCCAGCGACAGCUCGAUUUGCUCCUGGUACGGAAGUCAUCACCCCCCCAAAAGUACGGUCUCCGGACAAGGGCCCCGAAAAUACCAAGAUCCGAAAUCGAGAUCAUGUACUUAACGACCAGAAUUUUUCGACCAUGGCGGCGCUCACAGUAGAAACUCAUUCGGGGCGAUUCACUGCGACAUCGGGCGACGCGCCCCCUCCACGUCGAGACAGGCCACUGGUUAAGGUCGUGCCAGAGGAGACAACUGAGCCUAUAACGAGAAGGCUACCAAAUCACGCAACGGAAAGGGUCGCUAUUCUACGUCCAGAACGCGCCGUACAGAGUCCACCGACAGUACCUUCAAGAAAAUUGACGACCAAGCCGACCGGUGAUGGCAAGUGCAAGCUGCGAGAACCCCCGCAUACUUCCAGGCUGAGGGCUCCGGGUUGGGGCCGGGAAGCAGUGAUAACCGCCAUCCUACCGGCCAAAGUUACCCCGGGCAUGGCGAAGGACGGUAGCUCCCCUGCUACCACCGCCAGUCACAAUGGUGUUGCACCCACUGACCCCGCGGUACUCCCGUGGGAUCUGCUGACGCCAGUUACCGAGGCUGCCACUGUGGACGAGCGUUCCGUAAUCUCCCACGGAACUCAUGGCACGACAAGAAUGACACCGGCAUCCUCCGUCACCUCAGGAUGCAGGCCACCCCAAGGAGAGGCUUCAGGCGCGAUACAAGGUAGAGUCAGCCGUCGAUACCCUCAUCGCCUGCAGGCUGAUGCCAACCGUUACGCGGUGGCAGCAGCACCCGUAGUCUGCGCGCUCGAGUCACCGGCAGAGACCAGCGGCUUCGGUGAUGGCCGAAACCAGAACGGUAGCGAAAAGAGGGUGGUGUGGGGUAGCGGCACCGUCGCUAGCGGCGCCCAUUCGGCGCCCGGGACGACCUCGGCAAGAUCGAGAAGGCGAGACGCUCCUGCUGGUGGUGCACUUACGUCAUCAUCUGCGUACCGAGCUUCUCCUCUCUCUAGCACCGCCGACCGCGUAGGUACAGGGGGCUCCGUUUUCUCCAGCGCUAGCGGAGAGACAAAUCUCGGACGACAAUUUGGUGGUGGCUACGUUGCGGCCAUGGGUAGACGUGCGAGGUCGAUGGCCAGGUGCGAGGCGGCGAGGCGAUUGGCGGCGGCGAUGGCAGCCGACAGGGGGAGGCCAUCCACGCCGAUAUCCGAGCGGGCCCGAUGGGGGAAGGGAAAGGAGAGCCAGGAGGAAGCCAUGGAGCUCGCGCGAAGAAAGUGCGCAGCCGCUAACACCAGCACCAUGCUGCCUGCAGAUCCUCGACACGUCAGAGCAGGCGCAACCUCUGCUAGUUCCACAGCCUUUCAAAAGGACAGUACUCCGUACGAUGCUGAUACAUCAAUGGGAGGUUGCCAAGGGAAAGUCCCAAGUGCGAUCGAAGCGAACUUUACCCACGACACCACGCGCCCCGAAGCCAUUGACAGCCGCCACAAGGACAAGCCCCCCUGCCUUGCUCCUGGCAGCAAGGCGAACUCACCAGUUUCUUCUCGCCGUUGUGAUGGGUUGCGUGUAGGAGUCGGGGGUGGCGACGGCGGCUUGCACAGACGGCAAAAGGCAAAAAGGCAAAUCGCAAAGAGUACAACGCAGGAGGAAGAGGAGGAACGACUGACGGCGUCUAUCGCUCGCCUGGACACCCUCUUGCGAGAGGGAGAUGGCGAGGUCUCUGGCAGGGCUUCCGAUGCACCCAUGCCGGGAGGGAGCGGUGGAGUAACGCCGUCAUCGAAAAGCGGCGGAAGGGUGGAGCGAAGACCAGUGCGCGCACCGGUAGGGGGAAUCGCCAAGACAAGGGUGAGGAGAGGGGCUACGAAAGAGAUCACUAGCUCGGCAGGGCCUGUGGUCAACGUUGAGCCGAAGGCGGGGUUGGUGUCCGUGGCGGCGGCGGUGCCCGUACAUACGACCGCUGUGGUUGAUGCGGGUGCUGCGAUCAUGGCCAGUCCUGGCUUAUUUCCGCCAAUUUUCGGCCGAGUACCGGCGCACACGGGUGGUGGGAGAGAAAUAGGACGCUAUGAACCUCCCGAUGCUGUACAACAAACCUCGAACGGCCCAUCACGAGGAGUGGCGUAUCGCGAGCCGGCCUCGCACUGUCCCAUUGGCAGGGCAGCAUCGCCACUGUCAUACAGAUAUUGCGCUGACGAUGAGCAACGGCGGGCAAAACGGGCCGAUGGAGGCCCCGUAGAUGCGGCACCGGGUCACUACUGCCAGGAGGGUAGGCGGCCGGCUGGUGCGGCGAGUCGCUGGGUGGGGGACGGCAACGACCACUACGAUGCGCGUGCUCCGCCGCGAUAUCCGGACCAAAGGGAAGAACUGCGGGUCCCACAAACCCCAUGCUCACCAGCACGGUAUCGAGGGGUUGACAACAGCUAUGACAACCACCGGGGAUGGCACGACCAUAGCAGGGGGGGGUCGUAUUACCGUCGAGACGAUCUACGCGCGGCCAUCGAUCCAAGAGAUGCGCCAGGGGUCGUGGACCAUGCGAGGUGGAUUGGAGAGUCACGACCAGAAGAGUAUGGUGACGAUAGAGGUGGCGAAACAUAUUGGAUUAGGCGGGAUGGUGGCACUACCUUCCAGCACGAGGACAGGAAGGGACAUUUCUGAAACCGACGGCUGCUCGCUCUUCACGGAAUGUAUUCAUACACCUAAAGGGGGCGUUUUCGGGUUGACGCCAGACAGAGUAGACUUCGUCUCACCGCGGCGCCGUCGAGAGAACGGAAAAUUGUGGAA